GAGAGAGAAGCAUGGGGAGUUUGAGGAGUAGAGGAAGACACGAGAUAGAUGAGAUUGAACAGCUUUCGAGAGAAAGCAGUCAUUUUAGCCUUACAACUGGGAUCUUACCUUCGCUUGGAGCAAGAAGCAACCGACGAAUUAAGCUAAAGAGAUUCGUCAUAUCUCCUUACAAUCAUAGAUACAGGAUAUGGGAGGCUUUCCUGGUGGUUCUUGUGGUUUAUACUGCAUGGGUUUCCCCUUUUGAGUUCGGGUUCUUGAGAAAGCCAAGGCCACCACUCUCUAUCACCGAUAACAUUGUGAAUGGAUUUUUUGCGAUAGAUAUCAUCUUGACUUUCUUUGUGGGUUACCUUGAUAAAUCAACUUACCUUCUUGUCGAUGAUCGUAAAUUGAUUGCAUUCAAGUACUUGCGUUCUUGGUUUGUCCUCGACCUCAUAUCAACCAUGCCCUCAGAGGUGGCUAUGAGAAUCUCAUCCCAGUCAUACGGAUUAUUUAAUAUGCUUCGGCUCUGGCGUCUCCGCAGAGUCGGUGCCUUGUUUGCCAGGCUUGAAAAGGAUCGCAACUUCAACUAUUUUUGGGUCCGAUGCGCAAAACUCGUUUGUGUCACGAUUUUCGCGGUUCAUUGUGCUGCAUGUUUCUAUUACCUUAUCGCCGCACGGCACCAUAACCCAGCAAAGACCUGGAUUGGAGCAUCCAACGCAAACUUCCUAGAGGAAAGCUUGUGGAUGCGAUAUGUGACUUCCAUGUACUGGUCCAUCACUACUUUAACCACUGUUGGUUAUGGUGAUUUGCAUCCAGUGAACACCAAGGAGAUGAUAUUUGACAUUUUCUAUAUGCUCUUCAACCUUGGGUUAACAGCAUACUUGAUUGGUAACAUGACCAAUUUGGUAGUCCAUGGAACAAGUCGGACAAGAAACUUUAGAGAUACAAUACAAGCUGCUUCAAACUUUGCUCAUAGGAACCAUUUACCACCUCGUUUGCAAGAUCAGAUGCUUGCACAUUUAUGUUUAAAGUAUCGGACAGACUCUGAGGGGCUUCAGCAGCAAGAGACUCUUGAUGCACUCCCAAAAGCAAUUAGGUCGAGUAUAUCACAUUUUCUUUUCUACUCACUUUUGGAUAAAGUGUACCUGUUUCGUGGAGUAUCCAACGACUUGCUUUUCCAACUGGUCUCUGAAAUGAAAGCAGAGUACUUCCCACCAAAAGAAGAUGUAAUCUUGCAGAACGAAGCGCCUACAGACUUCUACAUUCUUGUGAACGGUACUGCGGACUUGGUUGUUCAAAACGGUGGAACAGAAAAUAUUGUGAGAGAGGUUAAAGCUGGAGACAUUGUAGGAGAGAUAGGUGUGCUGUGUUACAAACCACAACUCUUCACUGUGAGGACAAAACGUUUGUGCCAACUAUUGCGUAUGAACCGUACAACGUUCUUGAAUAUUAUUCAGGCUAAUGUUGGGGAUGGGACUAUAAUCAUGAAUAACUUACUUCAGUAUCUGAAAGAAAUGAAUGAUCCGAUGAUGUCGAAUGUUCUACUAGAGACAGAACACAUGCUUGCACGGGGUAAAUUGGAUCUUCCUAUCAACUUAUGCUUUGCUGCAAUAAGAGAAGACGACAUGCUUUUACUUCAGUUACUAAAGAAAGGACAAGAUCCUAAUGAAUCUGAUAAUAAUGGCAGAACGCCUCUGCAUAUAGCAGCAUCAAAAGGAAGCAUCAACUGUGUCCGUCAUUUGUUGGACUACCAUGCAGACCCUAACUGUAGAGAUGUGGAAGGGAACAUACCACUAUGGGAAGCAAUGGUGGAAGGGCAUGAGAAAGUUGUAAAAGCACUGUUGGAACAUGGUGCUACCAUAGAGGCAGGAGAUGUGGGUCAUUUUGCAUGCACUGCGGCUGAACAAGGAAACUUGAAGCUACUAAAAGAAAUAGUUAGACUUGGUGGAGAUGUCACCCGUCCAAGAGCCACAGGGACCUCUGCACUCCAUGCUGCUGUAUGUGAAGGGAAUAUUGAAAUGGUAAAGUAUCUUCUUGAGCAAGGUGCAGACGUUAACAAACAAGAUAUGCAUAGCUGGACGGCUAAGGAUCUCGCUGAGCAACAAGGGCAUGAGGAGAUUAAAGCACUGUUCCGAGAAAAAAGGUUUGAGAGGGCGCAUAUUGAGUCAAGUGCCUCGGUUCCUAUACUCAAAACCGCGAUAAGAUUUCUAGGAAGAGGCACUAGUGAACCUAACAUUCGCCCUCCAUCGAGAGAGGUGUCUUUUAGGAUCACGGAAACAAGGCCAAGACGUAAGACUAACAACUUUGACAACUCGUUGUUUGGAAUCUUAGCUAGUCAAAACGUGCAGAAGAACGGGCUAGCCACGGUGGAUGAAAGCAGAGUUGUAAACCCGGUGAGGGUGACGAUUAGUUGUAAGGAGAAAGAUGAGGUAGCAGGGAAGAUGGUGUUGCUUCCAGGGAGUUUCAAGGAGUUGCUAGAAUUGGGUUCCAACAAGUUUGGUAUUGUUGCUACCAGAGUUAUGAACAAAGAAAACAUGGCAGAGAUUGAUGAUGUAGAUGUUAUAAGAGAUGGAGAUCAUAUCAUCUUUGCUACUGAUUCUAGCCAUUCCUAAAAGACAUCCAAGCUCUGUAUGGCUAGUAAUGAGAAGUUGAUAAUGUUUGCUUUAAGAGCUUUGUAAAGAAAAAAAAGAGAGAAUGAAUGAGCCUUGAUAAAGAAUGCGUAAAUGUGGAUGGAUCAUUGACCAUUGACUUCUUGUUUCUAUUAAAUUAUGAAUGUGAAAAGCGAUGAAUAGCUCUUUGUAUUUUCCUCUUACUGCACAGCCUCGAGUUUGUCGGUGCGUCUAUCCAUUUCGAACGAUAAAUAAACAAAACAAAUUCCAACGCUUGAUAGAGAAAUAAACGUACUUCAAAAUAUG